CGCUCCGCGGGCCGCAUGAACAAUAGGCGGCGGCGGCUCGCGCGGGCGGCGGCGGCCCCGCACCCUAUGGGUCGGCCGCUCCAUGGAGCCCCCCAGCGCGCUGCUCGGCUGCCCGGCGGGGGCCGCGGCCGACGACGACGAGGACGACGAGGAGGAGGCGGCGCCCGCCGAGCCGCCCUUCUGGACGGCCGUGUUCGAGUACGAGGCGGCGGGCGACGACGAGCUGACCCUGCGGCCGGGCGACGUGGUGGAGGUGCUGUCCAAGGACUCGCAGGUGUCGGGCGACGAGGGCUGGUGGACCGGGCAGCUGCGCCGGCGGGUGGGCAUCUUCCCCAGCAACUACGUGACCCCGCGCAGCGCCUUCUCCGGCCGCUGCCCGCCCGGCGGCGACGACCCCGGCUGCUACCCGCCCAUCCAGCUGUUAGAGAUUGACUUUGCUGAGCUAACACUGGAAGAGAUCAUUGGCAUAGGGGGCUUUGGGAAGGUCUACCGCGCUUUCUGGAUAGGAGACGAAGUCGCCGUGAAAGCAGCCCGCCACGACCCCGAUGAGGACAUCAGCCAGACCAUAGAGAACGUUCGUCAGGAAGCCAAACUCUUUGCCAUGCUGAAGCACCCCAACAUCAUUGCCCUCAGGGGGGUGUGCCUGAAGGAACCCAAUUUCUGCUUGGUGAUGGAGUUUGCUCGCGGAGGGCCUUUGAAUAGAGUGUUAUCUGGGAAAAGGGUUCCCCCAGACAUCCUGGUCAGCUGGGCUGUGCAGAUUGCCAGAGGGAUGAACUACUUACACGAUGAGGCCAUUGUCCCCAUCAUCCAUCGUGACCUGAAGUCCAGCAACAUACUGAUCCUCCAGAAGGUGGAGAAUGGAGAUCUGAGCGACAAGGUCCUGAAGAUCACCGACUUUGGCCUGGCUCGGGAGUGGCACCGGACCACCAAGAUGAGUGCAGCGGGCACCUAUGCUUGGAUGGCGCCUGAAGUCAUCCGCGCCUCCAUGUUCUCCAAAGGCAGCGACGUGUGGAGCUACGGGGUGCUGCUUUGGGAACUGCUGACUGGUGAGGUGCCUUUCCGAGGAAUCGAUGGCUUAGCAGUCGCUUACGGAGUAGCCAUGAACAAACUCGCCCUUCCCAUUCCUUCUACAUGCCCUGAGCCUUUUGCCAAACUCAUGGAAGAUUGCUGGAACCCUGACCCGCACGCCCGACCCUCUUUCACGAACAUCCUGGACCAGCUGACUACCAUUGAGGAGUCAGGUUUCUUUGAAAUGCCCAAGGAUUCCUUCCACUGCCUGCAGGAUGACUGGAAGCAUGAAAUUCAGGAAAUGUUUGACCAACUCAGGGCCAAAGAAAAGGAGCUCCACACCUGGGAGGAGGAGCUGACACGCGCCGCACUCCAGCAGAAGAACCAGGAGGAGCUGCUGCGGCGCCGGGAGCAGGAGCUGGCCGAGCGGGAAAUCGACAUCCUGGAGCGGGAACUCAACAUCAUCAUCCACCAGCUGUGCCAGGAGAAGCCCCGGGUGAAGAAGCGCAAGGGCAAGUUCAGGAAGAGUCGGCUGAAGCUCAAGGACGGGAACCGCAUCAGCCUCCCUUCUGAUUUCCAGCACAAGUUCACGGUGCAGGCCUCCCCGACCAUGGAUAAAAGGAAGAGUCUCCUCAACAGCCGCUCCAGUCCUCCUGCAAGCCCUACCAUCAUCCCUCGCCUGCGAGCCAUCCAGUUGACACCAGGAGAAAACAGCAAAACCUGGGGCUGGAACUCAGUUAUCCCAAAGGAGGAAGGGGAGGAGGAGGAGAAGCAGGCCCCCAAGAAGAAGGGGCGGACGUGGGGACCAGGUACACUUGGUCAGAAGGAGGUUGCCUCAGGAGACGAAGGAUCCCCUCAGAGACGAGAGAAAGCUAAUGGUUUAAGUAUCCCAUCAGAGUCUCCGCAUUUCCACUUGGGCCUCAGGUCCCUGGUAGAUGGAUACAAACAAUGGUCGUCCAGUGCCCCCAACCUGGGGAGAGGCCCGAGGAGCAGCCCAGCUCUGCCAGGGUUCACCAGCCUUAUGGAGAUAGAUGAUGAGGACAGUGAAGGCCCAGGGAGUGGGGAGAACCGCCUACAGCAUUCACCCAACCAGUCCUACCUCUGUAUCCCAUUCCCUCGUGGAGAGGAUGGGGAUGGCCCCUCGAGUGAUGGAGCCCACGAGGAGCCCACCCCGGUCAACUCAGCCACCAGUACCCCUCAGCUGACACCAACCAACAGCCUCAAGCGGGGAGGCGCCCCCCACCGCCGCUGUGAGGUGGCCCUGCUUGGCUGCGCGGCUGUCCUGGCAGCCACAGGACUAGGGUUUGACCUGUUGGAGGCCGGAAAGUGUCAGCUGCCUCCCUCUGAGGAGCCUGAGCCACCAGCCCGGGAGGAGAAGAAGAGGCGUGAGGGUCUCUUUCAGAGGGCCAGCCGUCCUCGCCGGAGCACCAGCCCCCCAUCCCGGAAGCUCUUCAAGAAGGAAGAGCCUGUGCCGUUGCUCAGAGACCCCUCUGCCUCCCUGACACUCCUCUCCCUCUCCUCCAUCUCUGAGUGCAACUCUACCCGCUCCCUGCUGCGUUCCGACAGUGACGAGCUCGUGGUGUACGAGAUGCCCGCCAGCCCGGCCGAGGCCCCAGCCCUCGCCCCCUGCACCCACAAUCCCCUUGUCAACGUCCGCGUGGAGCGCUUCAAGCUAGACCCCAAACAGUCCUUGACUCCCACCCACGUCACCCUCACGGCCCCCUCGCAGCCAAGUGGUCACCGACGGACCCCUUCUGAUGGCGCCCUCAAGCCAGCCGCAGUGCGAGCCAGCAGGAGCCCCUCCGGCAACGGGAUGAGUCCCAGCCCUGGGCCAGGACUGUUGAAAACCCCUAGCCCCAGCAGAGACCCAGGUGAAUUCCCCCGUCUUCCUGACCCCAACGUGGUCUUCCCGCCUACCCCAAGGCGCUGGAACACGCAGCAGCAAGACUCGGCCUUGGAGAGACCCAAGACCCUGGAGUUUCUGCCUCGGCCCCGGCCUUCUGCCAACCGGCACCGGCUGGACCCUUGGUGGUUCGUGUCCCCCAGCCACGCCCGUAGCGCCUCCCCAGCCAAUAGCUCCAGCACGGAAACGCCCAGCAACCUGGACUCCUGCUUUGCCAGCAGCAGCAGCACUGUGGAGGAGCGGCCUGGACUCCCAGCCCUGCUCCCGUUCCAGGUGGGGCCGCUGCCCCCCGCCGAGCGGACGCUUCUGGACCUGGACGCGGAGGGCCAGAGUCAGGACAGCACCAUGCCGCUGUGCCGAGCUGAGCUGAACACUCACAGGCCUGCCCCUUAUGAGAUCCAGCAAGAGUUCUGGUCUUAGCAUGAGAGGGGUUGGGGACAGGUGAGGGGGAAACAGGAGGAGAUGGGGGAGCUGGCUGGCACAGCCCUUUCUCAGAGUUGGGACCCCCUGAGACCCAGCCCUACUUCUUGCACUGAUAAUGCACUUUGAAGAUGCAAGGGGAUGGAAGCAGAGCCACUUCCGAGGACCUCCUGCCUGCAGGGCCUGUCUGCUGGAAGAGCUGCGGCUGUCAGCUCUGGCUGUGUGAGGAGGAUGGGUGCGUGCAUGUCCCCUGCCCUCCACGGCCUUCCUCGCCUUUAAGAGGGUGACCUGCUAAGUCACUCAGCCAAAUCUCCCUGCUGCUUCCUCUCCUCGGCCCCCUGGGUCUGCUUAGAGCCUGUCUGGGCCUCUGUUAGCUGUCAGCUCAGCCUUCCCAAACACCAGUAUUGGAUGUUCUGUGAUUGAUUUUCCUCCUUUCCCUGACGCCCGUGAAUCAGAAUCCCACUUGGGGGUGUGAGAUGAGCUUUUCUGUACCCCAGGUCCAUUCACACCAGUUGGAGGGCUGAAGACCAGGCACCCCAGUGUGGAACACAGCAUUCCAUAGGCCUGGUCCCUCCCUGCUCGACCAGGCACCCGCUUCCCUGAGUGGAUUGGCAUGAGAGUACCUGUCUCGUGAGAACUAGGGGAGGGGAAGGAGUUAGGAAAAAACACAGCCCGAUGGCAGUGAAGAGGAACUGAGUCUGGGGGGGGGGUAUGCAAUAUUCAAAAUUCAAGAAUAGAGACCAGCGCCUGUUGAAGGCACCUGGGCCUACACAAGAGCAAACCCAAUUCCGGUAGGAACACUCGCUCAUCUCAGCACAGCUUCUUGGGAGACUCACUUGCUGGUGGUGCCAGUCCUGAAGCCAGUGUCAAAGUUCCUGUGUUGUCCCUUUCAUGGUCUGGUCCCUGUGUGUUAGUCCCUUCCCUUGGCCUUCCCUCCAGCCCCUGGGAUGAGUGGACUUUGGGGUAUGUUUGGUUGGUGGCUAUCUCUGUACUGUACCAGAACAGCUUACGGGGUGUGGCCUGAACGCUGAGCCCUGGGGCUGUGAGAGUCCCUCCUCAGCCAGGCUGUCCCCUCUGUGAUGCCCUCGAAAUAAAAAGGAGCCAUUUUUA